AUGUCUAUAAAUAGUGGAUCUAUGUUGAAGGCAAAACAUAUCAAAAACAUCAAGAUUCCAUAUUACUUCCAAAACCAAAGAUCAAAGUCUUUUAAAUACAUAUUCAAUAUUCAUCCUUUGUAUUCUUUAAGUUUUCAAGGAUUUUCACUGUUGGAUCGGUUUGAUGGAACGAACUACACUCGAUGGAAAGACAAAUUGAAGUUUCUUCUCGCUGCAUUGAAGAUCUUCUACAUCCUAGAUUCGGAUAUUGCGCCACUAUCGGAACUAAUGAAUGGAGAGGUGGAAGCUGUUAGGAAUGAAAGACAGAAGUGCCAAGAAGAUGAACUAAUUUCUCGUGGCCAGAUUCUCAACGCACUUUCUGAUUGUUUGUACGAUUUAUAUAUAAACACAAUAUCGAACAAAGAAAUUUGGGAAGCAUUGGAAAACAAAUAUAAAGCGAAGGAAGAAGGUACCAAGAAAUUUUAUAUUUCGAAAUAUUUUGAUUUUAAGUUGUUGGACAAUAUUCCCCUUUUAUCCCAAAUACAUGAAAUGCAAAUUAUUGUCAAUAAAUUAAAGGCGGUGAAAAUUGAUAUACUGGAGAUCUUUCAAGUGGGGGUUAUUAUUGCCAAACUUCCUGAAACUUGGAAAGGAUACCGGUUGAAGAUUAUGCAUAGUUGCGAAGAUUAUUCUUUGGAACAAUUGCAAAAGCAUCUUCGAAUCGAAGAGGAGUCGAGAAUACGUGAUAAAACUGAAAUUUUAAAUGAGGGCUUUUCUAAACCAAAUGUUGUGGAGAAAAUAGAACCGUCAGCAAAAUCCAACAAAAGGAAGCUUUCUAGGAAUUUCAACAAGUCCAAGAAGAAGAUAAAAGGAGGUUGUUUUAUGUGUGGGAGAUUUGGUCACUAUGCAAUGAUUGUAGGCACCAAAAACAAAACAAUUUCGAGUCGAAAGUGA